AUGGUGAUCCACUGUCCUCAAGUGCCUUGCACUACACUAUUUCUGCUACUGCUGCUACCUCCAACCCUUUUGAGAUCAGGGAGCCUUCAGAACCAUGGCCCUGGCUGGAGAAUAUUCCAUCACCUGGGCAAGGGCUCAAGAAGCUUCUACAACCGCCGAGAUCCAGGUGCAAGGCAACGAUGGUUCCCAAGGCAAGCGGAAAAGGAAAACAGUUGCCAGGGGAUCUUUGACCUCUACUUUAUCUUGGACAAGUCUGCCAGUGUGAACAACAAUUGGAUUUACGUUUAUAACUUGGUGGAGGAUUUGGUGAACAAAUUCAAAAACCCAAAUAUGCGGAUGUCCUUCGUUCUCUACUCAAAGGGUGCAGAAAUUUUCAUGCCGCUCACUGGAGACAGAAAAGUAAUUGAAGAGAAUCUUAAGAGACUUGAGAGAGUGGUGCCUACAGGACAAACAAACAUGCACGAAGGAUUUAAAUUGGUAAAUCAACAGAUGGAAAAAGUCAUCGCUGAAGGCAGUAAAGCUACCCCCAUGAUUAUUGCUAUGACUGAUGGAAGACUGUUACCAAACAUAUUUGAGGAGACCAAGGAACUGGCUAACAAGUCUCGGAGUAUGGGGGCAACCGUUUACACUGUGGGUGUGCUGGAUUACCAGAAAGAUCAGAUGACAGCCAUUGCAGACUCCCCAAAGCACAUGUUUGGGGUGGACACAGGAUUUGCGGAUCUGAAAACCGUUGUUGAACCACUUUCUUCCAAGACCUGCAUUGAAGUCACAUCUGUAGAGGCUUCUGAUCGAUGUGCAGGAGAUAAAAAACCCAAGGAUUCCAAUGACACUUCCAUAACUUGUCCUGGAGCAGAGAUAAAACAACCUGAUGAGGAGGUAUUUGUUGAAGUCAGCUUGAACAAUGGUGAGAGCUUCCUUGGGAACAAACACAGCAUUAACAGCACUAAGUGUGGCGGUGGCGAGGGUCCCCCAGUCAACACUGAAAAUACUGUCACCGUUAUUGAGGAAAAAACCUAUGACCUGCGGUUUCUUGCCUUGCUGCCACUCUUGCUGCUGAUCCCACUGUUGCUGUACUGUUGCUGGAAACUAUGCCUCAAGGAUAUCAUGAAGCCACUACCAGAAAAGAAGCCAAAAGAAAAACCACCCCCUCCACCACCAGCGCCACCACCUACAAAUCCUUGCCCCACAGUGAUCAUCUCCUGUUGUGGGUGUGGAUCCGGCAUAAUGGAGGGCAAUACUGACUUAUGAUGCCAGUAUUUCCACCCAAGCUGCCACCCAAUGCCAUUGACUUGGUGUGGACUGUGGGAGACAGACAAUGCACCAGCCUUACAGAGGAGUUGCGGCAACUUUGCCCUGUUGAGACCUCCAUGUGCACAGAUUCCCUGCAGCCCAAGGAUUGUCCUGCAACCCAGUAGGGAAUGUUUCCACUUCACACAGGCACCCUGUUCCCCAAAUAUCCCUGCCCCACAAGAACUAUGGACCCCAGAGUUCUAUCUUCAACCAGCUCGAGAGUGCUGCUCCAUGCCACAUACACUGUGCACCCCAAGGAUACGCCUGCAACCCAGCAGGGAUUGCUUUUCCCUCAACAGCUACCCUCAGUGCCAGCACCCCCCACCUAGGUACUCCCAGUCUUUCAGAAUACUGCCCCUGCUCCCUCCCUCUGCCCGGAAAUCUAUAGACUCCCUAGGUCACCCCUACCACCCUUGCCCUACUUCUAAAAGACCCAAAACUUAA